GUUAUUGGCUCGGUAAAACCAUAUUCCGAACCUCCGAUCUGAGUCGACUUUGUGAGCCCAUGAUUUCUAAGAGCAUAGCCUAGGAACCCUUAACCAUUGCAAGAACUCUACAAAUAUAAUUAGUAUAUCCGUCUGUACAACAUCCCAAAUCCUCCUUAUUAAUUUUUCAUCAACAACCUAUUACUUUGACGUCAACAUACAAUAUAUAAACCUACCUGUAAAAUGUCUUUACAAAGAGCAGUUGCUCCUCUGACAUCAUCAGCGCCCGUCGUUUUCAGAUUUGCCUCUUCACAGUCAUCAACCUCCAUGCGAGAAUGUCGCCAUAUUUUUCGUCAAUUCUCAUCUUCUCGAGUCGCAAAUGCUGAGGCAAAACGCAAGAUGCAGACAAGUACUUGGCAAACAUAUACCCUAUCUACUCCUCCACCACCGCCUCCAGCCCGCGAAGCCACUGUCCCGGAAACAUCCAUCACCGGGGGCAUUCCACAAGUUCACGAUACCCGACCACCUUCUAUCAGCAUUACAGAAGCUGAAGCACAAAAGACGAAGCCCGUGAAAAAGAGACCUCGUUACAACUUCGUUCCUCUUAAGAAGACCAUUUCCCUCACCCCACGAGCCGUGGAAGCUCUCCGCGACCUGAGCAACCAACCAGAGGCGAAGCUCAUCAAAAUUAGUGUUGCAAACCGUGGAUGCAGUGGAUCGGCAUAUGACUUGAAAUAUGUUGAGAAAGGGGCCCCAAGCGAUAUCGUUCAUGAACAAGAUGGAGUUAAGGUGUUGAUUGAUCCAGCCGCACAACUUAAGAUCAUUGGCAGCACUAUGGAUUGGGUCGAGGAUAGACUAAGCGCAAAGUUCGUUUUCGAUAAUCCAAACAUUGGUAAGUACUAUUAUAUCUUCCAACUCAUAUCAUCUCCUCUCUUGGGUAUGACUAACAAUGCACAGACAAAUCUUGUGGAUGUGGUGAAUCAUUCAUGACGAAAGACGAAUCAGCCGCACGAGAAGCGGAAAAGAAAGCUUCCAAGGGCUUUUAACUGUAUGAUACGAUAGACACGACAACUUUCGAACUUGUGAUAUAAUGGGUAUAAGGCAUGGAUAAUGCAUUGGGCGGAGUUUGAUCGGCGCUGAAGGAUUGGCCUGCACUAGGCACGCUUUGGUGGGCAUGUUUUAUUGUAGGGUUAGCAAUUAGGGACAGCGAUACCUCACAGGCAGGAUAGAUUUGCAUACAGUUGUACACCAUACUGAUACCUACUUAAUGCAAAAGAAA